UUCGGCUUUUUAGUAUUUAUUUAAAAUAUGAAUAUUUAUUACUAGACUAAAAAUAAUAAAAAAUGGUACUUCAAAACACGGGCAAAUAUAGAGCUGAUAAGAAUGAUUCGAAUAAAAGAGAUGCGGGACCGUCAUCAGGACCGAGGGAGGAAUCAUCAGAGUCGCGGAUUCGCAUUGCUUUAGAUAAUGAUAGAAUUGAUUCUAAAUAUGGAUUUGAGAGAGUUCGAGAUACGAAAGAGCGUACAGGUUACCUCAUAAAUAUGCACACUGCUGAGAUAUUAGAUGAAGAUAAAAGGCUAGUGGCAGCAAUGGAUUAUUAUUUCAUAGAGAUGGACGGCUCAAGGUUCAAAGUGUCCCUCACAUUUAACCCUUAUUUCUUUGUAAUGGCAAGGAAAGAAUGUGAAAAGGAGGUUAUACAAUACUUAUCCAAGAAAUAUGCGGGGACAAUACAUAAGAUAGAAGUGGUUGAGAAAGAGGAUUUGGAUUUGCUAAAUCAUCUCUCAGGACUAAAGCAACGAUAUAUAAAACUGUCAUUCAUGUCCCAAAACGAGCUGAUGAAAGUUAGAAAGGAAAUAUUGACGGCUGUGAAUAAGAACAAAGAGAGAGAGAAGAAGGAUGCAAUUUACUCAGAAAUGUUGACAAAUGCAUUAACAAGUGCUGCUGCUAUAGAACAUGCAAAGAAAACAACCGAUCACAAAGAAAACAUUUUAGACAUUCGAGAACAUGAUGUUCCUUAUCACGUAAGAGUAUCAAUAGACAUGAAGAUUUUCUGUGGAACAUGGUACACUGUCAAAAGUAGAGGAACAGAAACACCAAUAUUUACAAAAAGAGAAGACAUUCUUGAAAGGCCAGACCCUAUAGUCCUGGCCUUUGACAUAGAAACUACUAAGCUACCACUGAAGUUUCCAGAUUCGCAGACUGAUCAAAUAAUGAUGAUAUCGUACAUGAUAGAUGGUCAGGGUUACUUGAUCACUAAUAGGGAAAUUAUAUCAACAGACGUAGAGGACUUUGAAUACACACCUAAACCAGAGUUUGAAGGGCAAUUUAUAAUUUUUAAUGAGGUCAAUGAGUUGGCCUUGAUACAGAAGUUCUUUGAUCACAUAAUGGAUGUUAAACCACAUAUCUUUGUCACAUAUAACGGUGACUUCUUCGAUUGGCCAUUCGUUGAGGCGAGAGCUGCAAUUCUAGGUCUGGAUAUGAAACAAGAAAUCGGUUUCAGUAAAAUUACCGCUAGAGAUGGUACUUAUGCUUGUCGGCCCGCUAUGCAUAUGGAUUGUUUAUGUUGGGUAAAAAGAGAUUCCUAUCUACCAGUAGGAUCUCAAGGUCUUAAAGCAGUGGCCAAGGCAAAGCUAAGAUAUGACCCAGUGGAACUUGAUCCAGAAGACAUGUGUCGAAUGGCAUCAGAACAACCACAGGUGUUAUCAAAUUAUUCAGUCUCCGAUGCAGUCGCUACGUACUACUUGUAUAUGAAAUACGUCCAUCCGUUUAUAUUCGCCCUCUGUACAAUUAUCCCGUUGGAGCCAGAUGAGGUUCUCCGCAAAGGUUCCGGCACACUGUGCGAAUCUCUACUAAUGGUGGAAGCGUUCCAUGCUAACAUUAUUUUUCCCAACAAGCAAGUGGAGGAACUCAACAAGCUGACCAAUGAUGGACAUGUUCUAGAGACGGAGACGUACGUUGGGGGGCACGUCGAGGCGCUCGAGUCAGGUGUUUUUCGUGCGGAUAUCAAAUGCAAGUUCCGAAUAGUGCCUUCAGCGAUAGACAAAUUGAUGGAGAAUACAGAAAAAACUAUGAAACAUGCCAUCGAAGUUGAGGAAGGGAUACCAUUAGAUUUGGUGACCAACUUCGACGAGAUUUGUGCUGAGAUCAAGUCUAAGUUGCAGCAUAUGAAAGACCACCCUAGACGUGAUGAGAACCCCCUUAUAUACCAUUUGGACGUUGGGGCUAUGUACCCCAACAUUAUUUUAACUAAUAGACUGCAGCCGUCCGCCAUGGUGAGCGCCAGCUCGUGCGCCGUGUGCGACCACAACCGCGCGGGCGCCGACUGCCAGCGGCACAUGGAGUGGCUGUGGCGCGGGGACUUCCUACCAGCGACGAGAAGUGAAUACCAACGCAUCCAACAGCAAUUGGAAACGGAAAAAUUUCCACCGUUGUUCCCGGGAGGGCCGCCGCGGGCCUUCCACGUUUUACCUAAAGAAGAUCAGGCGGCAUAUGAAAAGAAACGUCUUGCGGAUUAUUGUAAAGUUGCGUACAAAAAGACGAAAGUUACAAGGACCGAAGUGCGAACAACGACUAUAUGUCAGAAAGAAAACUCCUUUUAUGUGGAUACGGUCCGAGCUUUUCGUGAUCGUCGUUACGAGUAUAAAGCUUUAAACAAGCAAGCGAAAGCGACGGUAGCGCAGGCAGUGGCCAGCGGAGACGCGGCAGAAAUCAAGGUCGCAAAAAGUCGCGAGGUGCUCUUCGACUCGUUGCAGCUCGCGCACAAGUGCAUCCUCAAUUCCUUCUACGGCUACGUCAUGAGGAGGGGUGCGAGAUGGCACAGUAUGGAGAUGGCGGGCAUCGUGUGCUACACGGGCGCCAACAUCAUCAUGAAGGCUCGCGAGAUUAUAGAGCAAAUCGGCCGCCCUUUGGAGCUCGACACCGAUGGUAUAUGGUGUAUACUGCCGUCAUCUUUUCCCGAGAACGUGACCAUCCAUACCACACAUGCUAAGAAGAAGAAGAUCAACGUGUCGUUCCCCAAUGCCGUGCUCAAUGCUAUGGUUAAAGAUCAUUUCACGAACGAUCAGUAUUACGAGCUGGUGGAUCCAGUUGAAAAGAAAUAUGAGAAACGUGCAGAGAAUUCGAUAUUCUUCGAAGUCGACGGCCCCUACCUCGCCAUGGUGCUGCCCGCUUCCAAGGAAGAAGGGAAGAAGCUUAAGAAACGUUACGCGGUGUUCAACUUUGAUGGCUCAUUGGCUGAAUUAAAAGGUUUCGAAGUGAAGCGUCGAGGUGAACUGCAAUUGAUCAAGAUAUUCCAAUCUUCGGUGUUCGAGGCGUUUCUGAAAGGAAACGACUUGAAGUCUUGCUACGGCGCAGUCGCGAAGGUCGCAGACUACUGGUUGGACGUUUUAUAUAGCAAGGGAUCGAAUAUGCCAGAUUCGGAACUUUUCGAGUUGAUAUCAGAAAAUAGAUCUAUGUCCAAGAAGUUGGAAGACUACGGGGGUCAGAAGUCGACCUCGAUAUCCACCGCGAAGAGGCUGGCCGAGUUUCUGGGAGACCAGAUGGUCAAGGAUGCCGGGUUGGCUUGCAGGUUCAUAAUCUCCCGCAAGCCGGAGGGCGCGCCGGUGACGGAGCGCGCCGUGCCGCUCGCCAUCUUCCAGUCGGCGGCGGGCGUGCGGCGCCACCACCUGCGGCGCUGGCUCAAGGACAGCGCGCUGCCCGACGACGUGGACAUCCGCGACGUGCUGGACUGGCCCUACUACAUCGAGCGCCUCAGCGGCGCCAUCCAGAAGAUCAUCACCAUCCCCGCCGCGCUGCAGGGGCUGGAUAACCCGGUCCCUCGCGUUCAGUACCCCGACUGGUUACACAAGAAGAUGUUGGCGAAGAGCGACAAGUAUAAGACGCGGAAGAUAACCGACAUGUUCACCUCGAUACCGAAGGAGCUCCGCAAAGACGACGACGAUGAGGAAGCGCCAGAGGAUGCUGAAUGCGUAAACACAGAGGUAGACAUAGAAGACAUAGGCAAAGAAGUGCCCGAGACGACAGCCAUCCGUCCGAUAGUCCACAGCGUCAAACGCAAGAGGGAUGAAUCUCCUGUCAAAGAAGCCACCACAUGGAGGGAAGCUUUAGGGCCCCCUCCGCCUUUUGGAAAUACCAAGGAAGAACGAAGGGCGUGGAUAGUAUUCCAGAAAAAGAAAUGGAUGUGGCAAAUGGAACAGCGUGGGUACAACAAACGGAAUAAACGAGGUAGAGUAGACAAAGACGCCACGUCAUCAAAUGUGAUGACGAGAAAUGUCGGGCCCUCUAAUACAUUGGGUGGUUUUAUAAGAAGGGCGCAGCGAACUCUUUUGAAUACUCCGUGGCAAAUAAUACAGGUGUCGGAGACGGCGGAGCCGGGCCUGUUCCGGCUGUGGGCGCUGGUGGGCGCCGAGCUGCACGCGGUGCGGCUGGCGGUGCCGCGCACGUUCUACGUCAACCGGCGCGUGGCGCGCGCGGCCGAGCGCGGCGCGCACUGGCGCCGCGUGACGCGCGUGCUGCCGCGCGCCGCGCCCGCGCACCACCUCUACCUCUACUCCGUGCCCGAGCCGCUCUACCGCGAGCGCUGCCAAGAAUUAAUGAGCGAGCUUUCCGCACCAGAAAUAGAAGGUAUAUACGAAACUCAAAUGAGUUUGGAGUUCAGAGUGCUGAUGCAACUCGGAUGUAUUUGUGCCGUUGAUCCGCAGGAAGCGAGAAGAUUGGUUCAAUUUGGUUCAAAUAAUAUGGACACUUUCACACUAAGUCAAUUACAAUUCAAAAGCGUGGCUCAUCAACCCUAUCUUCAAAAACAAGAUGGUGUAUCUCCAAUAAAACAUAUAUUCCUCUACCAACAUUCGGCUUCUAACUCGAGCCGGAGUAUGUGGGCGUUGAUACUGGGACCAAUAAAGAAGGGUUACAUCUUCGUUCUGGACACAGUCAAAACUAACCAAGUACCCAACAUGAACACGUUGUAUUCAGCUGAGCGGACAGCCAAGAUCAACCUGGGCACGGAGGAGAGCUCGCUGCCGGCGGGCUCGCUGUCGUGGGAGGUGUCGGCGGAGACGGAGACGCGCGCGGUGUGCCGCGGCCUGACGCGCGCGCUGCAGCGCUACCGCGACGAGCGCUGCGGGCCCACGCUCGUGGCGCUGCAGAGCGCGCUGUCGCCCGCCGCGCUGCUGGCGCUCAUGCCGGGUCUGUCCGAGUUCCCGCUGGUGCCGCUGCACGUGCGCGACUCGGAGAGCCUGUACGGCACGCUGGACUGGCAGCGCGUGGGCGCUCGCGCGCUGGUGCGGCACUACCUCAACCUGCAGGCCGUGCUCGACCUCACCAUCGAGCAGUGCCGAUACUUCCAUUUGCCUCUGGGCAACACGGCGGCGGACCCCACGCAGUUCGGCGCGGACUUGUUCUUCGCGCGACACCUCGUCAGGCAUAACUUUGUGCUGUGGUGCUCCAGCCUCGAGAGGCCGGACCUGGGCGGCAGGGAGAUUGACGAUAACAGGCUGGUGAGCGAGGCGGAGGAGCGCUCGGGCUGCGCGGCGGGCGCGGCGGGCGCGUACGGCGGCGUGUGCGUGUCGCUGAGCUGCGACGCGCUGGCCGUGUGCGCGCUGCUGCAGGCGCACCACAUCCUGCAGGUGGAGGGCACUAGUGUCGCUACUUCGUUUGGCGCCCAGCAUGCCAACAUUCAAGACGUUAUGGCAUCAACGGGUACUAAUGCAACGGAGACGUACGACGAAACCGCACAAUGUAGCGCCGCCUUUAAAAUCUUAAGAACAAUGAUCGCGUCGUGGCUGAGAGACGUGACAGUGUACAAAAACGUUUUCGCUGACUUCCAGAUCUCACAUUUUUACAGAUGGCUUAAAACCCCAACAUCCCUCCUCUACGACCCGGCGCUCCGUCGCACUCUGUACAACCUGAUGAAGAAGCUGUUCCUCAUGCUGGUAGCGGAGUUCAAGAGACUCGGUUCGCAGAUAGUAUACGCUGAUUUCAACAAGAUCAUACUUCAUACUAAGAAAAAUACAAUCAUGGAUGGCAUCGGUUACGUGGAGUUCGUAGUCCAGAGCAUAAGAAAUAAAGAAUUGUUCCACGGUGUAGACAUUCGCUACAAGCAAUGCUGGUCGUACUUACUGUGGCUGGACGAGGCUAACUACGCGGGGAUUGAGGGAAAAUUACCCUCGGGGCUAGUGGAGGUGGGAUCAUCUCAGGUACCGACGGAAGGCGAAGACGAGGCCGAAGACGAGGGCGCGGUGUCGAUGCACUGGAACCUGUGCCAGUUCGUGCCGGGCGCGGUGCGGGACGCGCUGCAGAGCGCGCUGGGCGCGUUCGUGGCGGCGGCGCACGCGCAGCCCGCCGGCCUGCGCGCGCUGCUCGCGGGCGACAUGGCGCAGAAGCUCUUCCAGAUGACGGAGAAGAUCCAUCGUCGCAUGCCGACGCUCCGCCUGGAGGACAUCGGCGCGCGCGCGGGGCUGCGGGCGGAGGCGCUGGGCGGCACCACGCCCGCGCUGCUGUUCGUCAACGCGCUCUGCAAGGUGCUCGCGCUCGACCGGGACCUGGAAGACGAGGUGACGUUGCUGCGCCGCAACCUGCUGCGGCUGGUGGGCGUGGGCGAGUGGAGCGGCGCGGCGGAGUGGCGCGAGCCGUGCGCGUCGUGCGUGCUGGGCGAGGUCAUCUGCAAGGUGUGCAACCACUGCCGCGACCUCGACCUGUGCCGCGACGCGCACACGGACGACUCCGACCCUCCCGUCUGCUUGUGUCCGACCUGCGGUACCGCGUAUGAGAACCAGGAGCUGGAAUGGAGAUUGAUCGAAACACUGAACAGGCGCGCAAUGUCAUAUACCUUACAAGACCUGGUCUGCUCUCGAUGCCAUCAGGUGAAACGCGAAAACUUAUCGUCAGUUUGCGACUGCGCGGGCGAAUUCGCAUUAAUGGUGCCCGUUAAAGAAAUCCACUCACAACUGGCUACAUUUAAGACUAUCGCCGAAUAUUACAAGAUGCCUUUACUAAUGGAACUGAUUGAAUUUAAUUUGAAUAAUAUGUGAUAUGUAGUUUAAUAAUGUAUUAUUAAUAUAGAAAU